ACUGAAUCGUACUGCUCAUCUCCUCUCAUGCAGUUUUGAAAUCUGUUAGGGUUCACUGAUUUUAUUUGCGUUUCAAGGGGUAUUCACAAGAUGCCUGUCACAUUUCUGGACUAAAGCAGCCUCAGGCUGCUAGUUGUAUUCUGUAACAGGUUUUAGACUCGUACACUCUAAACUUUGAUGUUGAAUCAUAAAUGUUUUGGCCAUGGAGAAAAAAACUGCUUUUGGAUUACAUCGACUUUGCGUUCUCUUGAUUUUGAUUUUAUCUGCUUUUCCCUAUUCCAAAGGAAGCUGGGCGUGGCUGGGAAUUACAUCCUUAGGAAUCCCUGAAAAGAUGGGAUGUGCAAAUCUACCUCUGACAAAUAAACAAAAAGAUCUUUGCAAAAGAAAACCGUAUCUUUUGCCCAGCAUCAAAGAGGGAGCUCGGCUGGCGAUACACGAGUGCCAGAAUCAGUUCAAAAACGAGAGGUGGAACUGCUCCACGACAUCAGAUCGGUCGGUAUUCGGAUACGAGCUUACCAGCGGAACAAAGGAGUCUGCAUUUAUAUAUGCAGUGACUGCAGCAGGCUUGGUGCAUGCUGUGACCCGCUCAUGCAGUGCAGGAAAUAUGACCGAGUGCUCGUGUGAUACCAGCCUGCAAGGAGGGGGCUCGCCCAGUGAGGGCUGGCACUGGGGGGGCUGCUCCGAUCACAUCCAGUAUGGAAUGGGGUUUAGCAGGAAGUUUAUUGACAACGCGGUGAAGAACAUCUCUGUCAAAGGGGGAGGUGCCCUUUUAACCAUGAAUCUACACAACAGCGAGGCUGGCCGGCAGGCCAUUGGGAAGAUGAUGUCUACUGACUGUCGCUGCCAUGGAGUGUCUGGGUCUUGUGCAGUGAAGACCUGUUGGAAAACCAUGUCUCCUUUUGAGAGGGUUGGUCGUUUCCUGAAGGACAGAUAUGAAAACAGCAUUCAGGUCCUCGACAGGUCGAAAAAGAAGGUGCGGAGGAAAGAGAAGGACCACCGCAGAGUACCCAUCAGCAAGGAAGAGCUGAUCUAUGUGAACAAGUCCCCGAACUACUGUCUUGAAGACAAGAAGCUAGGAAUUGCUGGGACUCGUGGCAGAGAGUGUAACCGGACCUCCACAGGGCCAGGUGGGUGUAAUCUGCUGUGCUGUGGCCAGGGUUACAAUACUCACGUGGUCAGACACGUGGAGAGGUGCGAGUGCAAAUUUGUGUGGUGUUGCUACGUGCGCUGCAGACGAUGCGAAAGCAUAACUGAUGUGCACACCUGCAAAUAGUGGCCUGACACCCAGGCACAAUUAUUAACUAUUAGAACCAAACAUGGGGACGGAACAAUAAAAAGGAUAAAAAAAGAAGGUCAUGAGGCUUUCUGAUGUAAACUCAGGAAAAUUAGCAACCGUUUGCAAAAGAUGCAGAGAGGCCUAAGACAAGGAAACACUCCUAAAUAAAACAGCACUAUGGUCUGCAGAGUUAACGGACCACCGCAGCCACAAGAGGUAUCCAACGCAAAGAACGUUUACAUAAAACAACCCGCAAGGAAUCAAGACUGACAGUUUGUUGAAAAGAAAAUGGCUGACUACAUAUGCCUCCUGCAAACAUCACCCCAGCCUCCAAAAGAGAAUAAGCACAAAAGAAUUACACAAAUAUAAAAAUGUAAUUUCAACAUGCAUUAAGUAUUAUUAUUCACUGAAGUUACACAGACAGGGGUGCAAAGGGAAUGUGGACCCACAGUAGAGCAAAGAGAUUUAAAAAAAAAAAAAGGUUUUGUAAAACAAAACCAACCAUUGGGCAAAAGCAAGAAUAUCCAAAUAGAAAGAAGACAAGUGUUUUUAAAGAGUAUAAAAGUCCAUACUACAAUACUUCACUAUAUUAUAGAAAAUAUCUUAAUUAUUAUAUUUAAAAAAGUAUUUGUUUUAAUUGUAACUCAGAGUAUAUAUUUUAAAAAAUAUAUAAAAAGAAUGCAUUGCCAUAAGAAAUGUAGUUAGAUUUUCAUUAUUAAAAGAAGACGAAUGCCAAUUUAUUCAAGACUUGCAGAAAAUUACAUUUCAAACUGCAUGAUAAUAGAAUUAACUAGCCAAAACAAACACAAAUUAAGAUAGGGAUUUAAAAAAAAAUAAUAAUAAAAUAAAUUUCAUUGUCACGCCUUGAUACAACAUGCAUAUGGAACAGGGAAAAUGUAUUUUUUUAAAACUGUAAAUGGUUACAUUUUUACAUAAUGAGACAGGUUUUGUUUAAAUAAUAAAUGUUUGAACUUCUGUCAGGAACUAUUCAGAAAGAAGGUUCAUCAGGAUUUGACUUUAUUUCUUCAAAAAAAUAAAUAUGAAAGAAUGGUUCUGUGUGUAAAAAUGGAAGUAGUAUUUUCUGAGUAAACACAUUGUUUAAAUUUUGUAAAUGUUUAAAUUGUGCAACAUUUUUAAAAAGGUUUCCAGUCGUUACGAGCAUUGAGCACGCUUUAAAUCACAGGAAUCACUGUUUCUAUAUCUUUCCUAUUACAUAGCUCUGUUCUUUAUUUAAAUAUUGAAUGACAGUGGAGCUGUCUUACUUUACACAGUGUAUGUAUGUGAUCAUUGUUUCUUUUAUUUGAUUUGUUUCUAAUUAUGUGAUUUUUUUUUUCGUGAUUGUACAGACCUUAUUUUUUUCAGAAGUGAGAAAAACAUUCAAGCAGUCUUAUGCCAUAUAACGUUCUCCAACCUUUUUUUAGGGGACAAAAAAAAAGAAUAUUUUAUUGUAUAACUAACCGUUAAAAGUAUGUUUGUUUUAUAAAAAAAAAAAAAAAAUAAUGAAAACAAAAGCACUUCCUCAGUCACGUUGCACAAAUCUGUAUCUUCUCUGUGAGUGUGGAGCAGUGAUGUGAGAAAUGUGACAAACCUGUGAAAAAUACUACAAGUCCAGUCUUUAAAAGAGGGUUUAAGGUUAACUUUGACCCUAAGUUUCAAAGACACCGGGGCUUUAAAGCAGGAAAGGAUUUAUUAGGUUUAAGAGUAGACAAACAUGAAGAAAAAAAAAAACAACAAUAUCAUUUAACAGAAUGAUAAAAAGUUUGGUUACAAAAAUUUGAACAAAGUCUCCUUUCUAAGAAAGACCUGUAAAAAAGGUUAGAAAACAUUAUUAUUAUUUUUUUUAUAAUGCCCAAGAGUUCUAAAUCAUGCAAUGAAAAUUCAACUGCAGACUGUUUUUGUUUAGUUUGCAGUCAAAUGAAAAAAAGGGGGCAUAAAAAUAGUUAUUUCUUUGCUGCAAAUCUUUAUUAGAUAAUAGCUGCUAAUGGAAUGCAACAUAUUUAGUAGUAAAGACUUGUUUGUUUUGUGUUACUUUUAAUAGUGAAUUUAAAAUAUAGUGGCAAUUAUUAUGCAUAGCAUUACUGUUUUUUCCCCAUUAAAGCAAGCGAAAAGCAGUAAUGCUUUAGUUUUAUAGUUUGUAAGUAAUUAAAUGUGUUAAAAAUGUAUUAAUACAUACAUAUUCUACAUAUUAGAAACAAUUAUUUUAUUAAUGAAGCAUCUAAAAUAUUACAACCUUAUGUACUAAUUGAAAAAGUAAUUUAUAAAAAGCAAAAAUGCUGGGGAAUGGGCACACCAAGAAAUAACACAGCAAGAAAGUUUUUUUUUUUUUUUUUUUUUUUUUUUUUUUGCAGAAUCAAAGGAAUCAUAUAGGAUUCAGAAGUAGAUUCUCAUCUAAUUACAAUGUUCUAGUAUUAAAUUGCUGAAACAAGCUUCUUCAAGUAGUGAUUAAUUUUGUUAAAAUCAGAACCAGUCAGUAUUAAACUUUCUUGGAUGCGAGAUGGAAAAGGAAAAGGUUUGUGUUUGCCUUAACUGCAAACCUUCACGUGUGCUAUUGUUUGUAUUAUAUGUUAAAUUAACUGUAACAUUCUUACUGUAAAGUACUUUAGCUUUCAGUAAUUUAGUAAUAUAAAAGGACAUAACUUAGAAAGGAAUCCCACUAUUUACAACAUUUGUUUUAAAGGGAAUCCAUUCUAUCAAUGGUGAGGCAAUGAGAAUCCAUCUGUAAAACACAGAUGAAAUCCCAAUUCAUCUAACUCCUUACCUGUUGCAAUGCCUGCAGUGCUUGGAACAUGCUCAUGUCUGUGAAUAUUAAAUGCCCCACGUAUAUAUAUUUUUUUUCCACUUUAGACACUGAAUAGUAUGGAUUAUCCUUUUGCAAAGUUACUUAUUAAAUUCAAUUAUGAAAAUCAAAAACAUUUUCAUAAUUAGGUACUCUUCACUGCAGGAAGUAUGGGAAAAGCAUUACUGUGCAAAUUUAUGCUCCUUUCGAUGUCUCGCUCCUACUUUGGAACUCUCUUCCCAGAAACAGCAGGAGGGUUCCCACAAUCUUUGUUUAAAAUUAGAAUGAAGGCUUUUUUUGUUCAACCAGGCUUAUAAUUAGACAUUUUCUUGUUUUUAAGUAGAUUUUGUGAAGUACCUCGAGACAUUUUAUUAUGUAUAUGGGGCGAUAUCUAAAA